AUGAAUCAAACUUGUACAGGUCAAUAUCAACCUGUCACUGGUGUAGUUAUUUGGCCAACUUUAAGUGGAGGAAAUGGUCAUGGAUACAAAUUAAUAUCAAAUUCCUCUUCGAUAGUCAUCACUAAUGUAAUGAAUCAAUGUGCAGGAUAUGCAAGUAGUACAUUUAAAUCAUAUCUUGUCACAUUUGAUUCAAAGCAAGAAUGGGAUUUCCUUUUAAACUCCUUUGAAGACGAUCUUUAUCAGAAAAUUCUUGACUCUGUUUAUACUCAAACCUAUAAACCUCAUAUUUGUAUUUUUAAACAAAUUACUUGUUUGAUUCAUGAUUCAACUACACUCUCAACUCUAGAAUACCAAGAUUACAAUUUUACAAUUAGAGUUGCUGAAAUGGUUGGGUCUAAAUUAAUAUCUAUUGCAAAAGAAUGUACAAAUAAUUGUUCAGGACAUGGAAUAUGUAAUCGAAUAUUCGAGUAUUUGGUAGUUAUAGUCAAUGUGAAAGGUCAUAUGAAUAAUGGAAGAUCAUUACCAUUGCAUGAUUAUACCUGUAGAAUUAGCAUUCAAAAAUAUACAAUCAACCAGAAUAGUGAUAAUAAUAAUAAUAAUAAUAAUAAUAUAGUAGCUGUGUUAGUACUUUUAUUGUUUUAUAUUCAUCCUAUUCAUGGUCAAUAUGAUCCUAUCACAGGUGUUAAAGUUUGGCCAACUUCAAAAGGAGGAAAUGGUAAUGGAUACAGAAUAAUACAAUUAGAUUUUGGUCUUAAUUCAGUCACAGACGCCAUAAUUCAUUGUGAAGGGUUGGGUUUCGGAAGCAGUACAUUUAAAUCAUAUCUUGUCUCAGUUGAUUCAUAUCAAGAAUGGGAUUUUAUUAAAACCAGUUGGCCCAUAGUAAGGGUAUCUGGUAGAGAUAUUGGUGGCAGUGGAAACUAUACCUAUUCAACUGGCCCACAAACAAAUCAACCAUUAUUUAAUAUGUAUACUGGUCAAUGUUGGGGAUAUUGUCCAUUUGAAGCAGGUGAACCAUCUUUAGUUAACGUUGGAGUUGAUCAAUAUAUUUACAUUAGAGGACCAAAAGGGAAUUUCAAUCAUGAUAAUGGUUUUGAUGUCCCAAUCUUUAUAUGUGAAUUAGAAUUAAUUUCAGAGGUAUAUAUUCCAUCAAUUGGUACAAAUGGAGGAUCAAUAACAAUCAACAAUCUAACACAAUUCAACAUACAAACAAUCAAUAUUACAUUUUUCAAUCCAACCAAACAACUCUCGAAAUCAUGUCAUAUAACAUCAAAACAAGCAACAUCAGUCACUUGUACGGUUCCACCUCUAUCUGGAUUUCAUAAUGUAAUUGUUCAAGAUGAUAGUGGAGUCAACUCAACACACUAUGCAUGGCAACCAUAUCCACCAUUUAUUAAAGCUGUCUAUCCAUCAUUCACUGCUAAUGGAUCGAUUACAUUGAUUGGUGAUAACUUUGGUGAUAACACGAAUAAUCAAGUAGCUGCAAAUGUUUCAACAUCUGACAUACCAUGUAAUAUUAUGUUUGCAUCAUCAACUCAAAUUAUUUGUCAACUCAAGUCAUCUCUUGGAGACACGAAACUUCUUCCAAUUUCAAUUUCGGUUGACUCUGUUUAUACUCAAACCUAUAAACCUCAUAUUUUCUGUGACAAUAGAUUCCAUUCAACCAUUCUAUUUGGAGGAGAAUAUUCAAGAGUAGAACAAUUAAUGAUUGACAAUGUAACAAUGGGUGCAACUCCCAAUGCUCCAUAUAUUGGUGCAAUUGAAUCACAAGAAAUGUAUCAAUGUUUUAGUCAAUCUUUGAAUUUAACUGGAUAUGAAACAUUUAGAUUUUGGCAAGGUGUAUCAUUCAACAGUAACAAUGGUAGUUUUACAAGAAAUAAUGGUCCAUUCAAAGGAACAAUAUCUCCAUUGUAUUAUAAUACUACUGUUACUUCAAAUAUGACACAAUCAAAUAAUAUUAUUUAUAAUAUUUUUGAUAGAACAUUGUCAUCCAAUAUUGAAAAUGUAAACUAUUACACACCAUUGAUUACAUUUUAUACAAGUGAUGCACCAAUCAUUGAUAAUGUUACCAAUAUUAUACCUGGAUACCGUUCACUUGUUACAAUCAAUGGUAAUCAUUUUGGUCAAGAUCAAUCAUAUGUUUUGGUGUCGAUCAAUGGAAGUCAAUGUAAAUCACCUCAGUUUAUUGGAAGUGGUUUUAGACAAUUUACUUGUUUAUUAGAUGAUUCAACUUCUGGAUCACGUAUUGGAGCGGAUUACAAUGUAACAAUCAGAGUCGCUGAAAUGGUUACAUCAAAGAUGGUAGUAGUAUCCCAACCAUCCAAGGAAUGUCUUCAUAAUUGUUCAGGACAUGGAGUAUGUAAUCGUAUUUUUGGUAGUUGUAAAUGUGAUGUUGGUUAUGAAUCAUAUUUGGAUUGUUCAUUAGUCACACCCGACCAACUCUAUAACACAACUGUUUGGAAUAAUGGUACAACAACUCUAUCAACCAAUCAAACUAAUGCUGGUAUUGUUGUCAAUUUUACAACUGGAAUUCAAUACAUAAGAGAAAUUGACCAAGACAAUUCAAUCACCAAGACCAUAUCGAUGGAUAAUGUAACUUGGAUACAAGGGAAUAAGAAUGAGACAUCAACUGUUGGUGAAUCAAUAUUUAUUGGAACAAUAUAUCAUAAUCCACACACUCAAUUGCAUAUCAGAGUUAAUCAAUACAUUGAUACCAACACCAUUUCAUUUUUGGGAGAAGAUAUUCAAGUAUCACCAAAUUCAAUCAAGUACACUGUUAAAAUCAUUGAUUGGGUAUGGUCAUCACCAAUCAACACACUUCAAGUCAUAUUCCACUCGAAAUCAGAUUCUGUUGAAUAUGACAGUUGUGGAGUGAUGAAAGUUAAAAGUGAAGUAUCACCAGGUGAUCAAAUUGUAUGGACUAGAGUUCAAGUUGGAAGAUCACUACUCAACUGUAAAAUAGCAAGUAGAAUGAUUAUUGACAAUAACACAAUCAUUUCAUCAAGAGUUACUAUUCUUCCAAACGAUGAUACACUCUUCUCCUCUCAACAAAUCGACAACCAAGGAUACAACCUUUUAACAGUAUUCAAUAUCCCACAAUUCAGUGGAUCAGUUGAACUAGAUCCAUCAUUCAACGCACUCAUUGUUGGUGAUGAUUUUAAUAUUAUAGAUAGUCAAUGUGACAGUGAUGAAAAGUCAUUUUCAAAAUGGAAGAUCAUCACCAUUACAGUAUGUCUAUCAUUUGUAGUAAUAUCUAUUAUAUUGGUUACAAUCAUUGUUUCAAAACAAUUAAAAACAAAAACAAAAUAA